AUGGCGGCCGCCCGCGCCCGCCCCGGGGCAUUCCCGCGCUUCCGGGUGCCCACGACGGACCCGUCCCACUUCCGGAGUGCCCCCGUACGUCACGGGGCGGGGGCGCUCUCAGCCAAUGGAGGGGGCGGGGCCGCGCCGCUGAGCGCCAAAUUCAAAGGCUCCGCCAUCUUGGAGCGGCGGACGCGAGCUGCCGGGGCCGGCGGGAUCAUGGCUCCGGGCCUGAGGGGAGAUUUACGUGACUCUGCAAUAUCUUCGUUGAACUCACCUAGUGUUGAAGGUGAUGCUAUCAAAGUUUUUGUAAGGGUGCGUCCCCCUUCAGACAGAACUGCAUUAACCGAUGGAGAUCAAGGCUUGUGUUUAUCUGUUCUUUCAUCAAAUACCAUCCGCCUGCAUUCGAAGCCUGAGCCAAAGAUCUUCACUUUUGAUUAUGUUGCAAAUAUGGAAACGACACAGGAGUCUGUGUUCUCAAGUGUGGCUAAAAAUAUUGUUGAAUCUUGUAUGAAUGGCUACAAUGGAACCAUCUUUGCAUAUGGCCAGACGGGGUCAGGAAAAACUUUUACUAUGAUGGGACCAUCUGAUUCUGACAAUUUCACUCACAGUCUGAGAGGUGUAAUUCCACGGAGCUUUGAAUACUUAUUUUUUCUAAUUGAGCGGGAAAAAGAAAAGGCUGGCAGUGGAAAGAGUUUUCUCUGCAAAUGCUCAUUUAUUGAAAUCUACAAUGAACAGAUAUUUGACUUGCUAGAUUCUGCUUCAGCUGGACUCUUUCUCAGAGAACAUAUCAAGAAGGGAGUCUUUGUUGAUGGUGCUGUUGAACAGGUGUUGUCAUCUGCUGCUGAAGCAUACCAGGUAUUAACUACGGGCUGGAGAAACCGUCGUGUAGCAUCGACCUCAAUGAACAGAGAAUCCUCAAGAUCACAUGCAGUUUUCACCAUCACAGUGGAAUCCAUGGAGAAAAACAACGAGGUUGUUAACAUUCGGUCUUCCCUGCUCAACCUGGUGGAUUUGGCAGGAUCCGAGAGACAGAAAGACACCCAUGCAGAAGGGCUGAGGUUAAAGGAAGCAGGUAACAUAAAUCGAUCACUAAGUUGCCUGGGCCAAGUAAUCACAGCACUUGUUGAUGUGGGUAAUGGAAAACAGAGACACAUUUGUUACCGGGAUUCCAAGCUCACUUUUCUGCUACGGGAUUCCCUUGGUGGUAAUGCAAAAACGUGUAUCAUUGCAAAUGUUCAUCCAGGAUCCAAGUGUUUUGGUGAAACUCUGUCCACUCUCAAUUUUGCUCAGCGAGCAAAGUUGAUUAAAAACAAGGCUGUGGUAAAUGAAGACACACAAGGAAAUGUGAGCCAGCUGCAAGCUGAGGUCAAGAAGUUGAAAGAGCAGCUUGCUCAGCUUACUUCAGUGCCAUCUGUGCGCAGUAUUUCUGUAUCACAAGAUGCUGUUGAAAAAGGGGAGAACAACAUAAAUUACAUGAACAAUUUUAUUGAAGCAAUGCUGUUCUGGGAGAAAUCAGAAGGCGAAAAGAAGAAUUUAUUAGAAAAAGUUGCUCAGCUAGAAGAUCUGUGUGCCAAGAAGGAAAAAUUUGUUCAGUCCAAUAAAAUGAUAGUUAAAUUCCGGGAAGACCAUAUUGUUCGCUUGGAGAGAUUACAUAAAGAGGCUGGUGGAAUUUUAUUGCCAAAAGAGCAAGAUGAUCUCCUUAGUGACUUGAGGGAGGAAGUGCAGACACUCAGAGAACAGAUGGAACAACACCCACGAAUUGCAAAGUAUGCAAUGGAGAACCAUAACCUCAGAGAGGAGAAUAAAAAACUUCGUUCUUUACAGUCAGUUAAAAAGGCUGAGGAAAUUGAUGCUCAGACCAUUGCAGAGCUAGAAAAAGCCUUUUUGGAAGCUUCAGCCAAAGAGAAAAAUACUGGAGGCCACCGUUUAUAUUCCACCACCAUAUCAGCAGAAGGCAACUCUCUGGCAUCUGUUGAAAGGCUGAAAGCACGCCUGCUACAGACUCAAACUGAACUGGCAAGUUCAAAGCAAGAAUAUGAAGAAUUUAAAGAGCUAACCAAGAAGAAGCAUAUGGAACUGGAAUCAGAGCUUCAAUCCCUUCGCAAAGCAAACCAACAUCUUGAAAACAUUCUGGAGGCAACCAAAGCACACAAGCGCCGAGAAGUGUCUCAGUUGCAAAAGCUACACAGAGAAAGCCUUAAGAACAUAACCACUCCAACUAAAGCUUACCAGCUAAGGUCUCGUCUAGUGCCACGAAUAAGCCCAGAUUAUAAUUCUGAAGAUUUUCAGUAUUCUGAAGAGAUGGUGGAUGACAUUCUGAAAGAGCCGGUUCCUCCAGAGAUGAGUGAACAAGCAUAUGAAGCCAUUGCUGAGGAGCUCAAAGUGGCACAGGAGCAACUGAGCACAAUGCAGACAAAGCUGGAUGAAGAGGAAAGCAAGAAUAUAAAACUCCAGCAGCAUAUUAAUAAACUCGAGCAUCAUUCUACACAAAUACAGGAGCUUCUUUCAUCCGAAAGGAAUGACUGGAGUAAAGAGCGCCAGGAGUUCCUCGAACAGAUAAAAUCACUUGAAAAGCAAUUUCAAGACAGUCAAAGCAAGGCUGAUAUAUUAAAAAGUGAAGUCCAUGACUUGCGCAUUGUCCUGCAGUCUGCAGACAAGGAGCUGUCUGCUCUAAAAUUGGAAUAUAAUGCCUUUAGGGAAAAACAAGAGAAAGAAAUGAGUCAGCUUUCUGGUAGACAUAUGGAUGUACAGUUCCAGCUGGACAGUGUGAGGCUAGAACAUGAAAAGAUUCUUGAAGAAAAAGCAAGUCUGCAGGAUGACUAUGACAAUUUGCAGGAAGUAACUAAGUUUGAGACGGAUCAACUGAAGCAACAACUUGAGGACAGAAAACAAGAAGCAGAAGCAAUGAAAACUGAGCUUUGUAACCUUUUUCACCUUCUGAAAGCAGAAAAAGAACAUAAUGAAAAACUAACAUUGCAAUUACAAGAAGACAAAGAAAACAAUUCAAAGGAGCUCUUGAAAAUACUUGAAAAAGCACAGGUGGAGAAACCAUUCUCUGAAAUGGUGACACAGUGUGAGCAGCAGGAAGCAAAACUGAGGACAUUGGAACAGGAACUGGCUGCUGCUGGAGAGACUAUUGCUUCUUUGAAGAAGACAAAUGAUACAGACAAGGAAGUUGUAACUGACUUGAUGAAACAGAUCCAGGAGCUGAGGUCUUCAAUUAAUCAUAAAACUGAGUCCAUACAUGGGUUGACAAGAGAGCUCGAGGAUAUAAAUUGCAAGUAUAAUAUUGUUCUGGCUGCAAAAGAAGAAAGCAAAGGAAUCAUAGAGGAUCAGGAAAAGAAGAUUGAAGAACUGAAGGAAGCCUUGGAGGGAAGAGAAAUAGCUGAUAACAUUGAGAGAGACCUUCUGUGUGAAGAAUUGCGUUAUACAACUGAUCAGCUGAUAAGUCUGACAGAGGCCUCCAAGAAACAUGAUUCGUUGCUCCAGUGUGCACAGGAAGACAUAGCAAAGAAAGAAGCAGUAAUCCAGGAACUUAGGGAACAGUUGGACAAAAUGACAGAGGAACUGGAGAACAGGAAGAAUGAGUAUGAACUAAAAAUGAAGCAAAUAGAUUGCUUUGUGGACUCAUCUUUAGUAACAUUUCCUCAGUGUCCAAAAACUCCACCUAAUUUUGAUGUGAAUUUGGCAAAGCUCUUGGAAACCCAUGAGCAAGAAAUAGCUGAUCGUAGGGCUUCUGCAAUAAAUCUGGAGCACCUUGUGCAUGAACUGAAUGAAGAAAGAAGAGCUAAAAAUGAUGAAAUUCUAAGGCUGAAGGAGCAAUUAAAUGAGUUGGAGAACUUGCGUCUGGAAAUGCAGAUAUUGGUGGAAAACAACAGGAAUUUACAGAGCCUUGUAGAAGCUCAGAGACCAGGCAAGAACAGUGAUCAGAAACAUCCUGAUGUUCAGCACCUCAAAGAGAAAGAGGAGGAGAUUGCUGAGGAGAGACUUGCCAAGAAUAAAGCAAUGGAGGAAAUCCUGAAAAUCAAAGCAGAAUUAGAAGAGACCAAAAAUAUCCUCAGAGUCCAAGAAAAUGCCUGUCAUCAAAUGACUCUGGAGCUACAACGAACGAGAACUUUGGAGCUCAAAGCAUUUAAUGAAAAAGAAGAAAUUAGAUCAAAACUGGAGGAAGCAUAUGAAGAAAGAGACAGAACUGAAAAGGAAAUAGAAUUGCUGAGGAAGCAAGUUGACUCUCUUGCUGAAGAGAACGGGAAACUACUUGGUCAUCAAAACCUAAACCAGAAGAUUCAGUAUCUUGUGAAACUGAAGAAAGAUAACGCGAAACUUACUGAGGAGACUGAAAAACUACGAAUUGAAAAUGCUUUUUUGAAAGAAUCAAAAAAAUGUGACAUUUGUAGACAUUAUGAUCAGCUGUAAUGACACAAAUAAAACUGCAGAACCAUAUUUUUAAAGUGUACAGAAAAAGCAAAAGCCAUUUGUCAAGCUUGACUUUUGCUGUGGUCCUGGAAUAAUCAAGUAUUUUAGUUCAUAGAUUUUUUUUUUUUUUUUUUUGCUGGUAAUAACUCUUAGUGAAGAAUGUUAUACCAGCUAUGCGGGCAGCUUCCAAUGACAUAGUAACACCUUUCUGUAAUUUUCAAUUUCCAAAACCGAUUUUGUAUAGGUGCUGGAAGAUACUUCCUUGGAACUUUUGUACCUUGCCAAGGAAAAGCUUUCUCACUGGGAACACACCUGGAUCUUUGUUUCCUUUUGUGCUUUUAUUCAGGUUCCUACCUCUUCUGAAAUGCUACAUUUUCCACCAGAGCCAAAAUUGUAAAAGCACAAUUUCUUUGUGAUUAUUUCUUUAGCUAAACAUAGAGUGAUUUUACUGGGUUGUUUAAAAAUAGUUUUAAUACUGAACUUUGUUCAAUACAGCAUAAAUGUGAAUUUAGUAACAGCCUUGUAAAUAGCACUAUAAAUAUAUUUUGCCUUUCUGUUCUUUCUCUAUAUGAAAUUAAAAUGCUUUUUAACCCUUUUUCCCCCUAUUAUAGACUUAUAGUAGACUCCUAUAUUAGAAUUGUAGGAAAUUCUAAGUAUUUUGCAACCAUUUUCUUAUCAAACAAGUUAAUGUUACGAAAGAAGCUGUGAAAAUAUGCAGAACAUUUUAGGAGUACAGCAGAAGUUUACUUAGUUGCACUUAAGAUUUAUUGCAGAUACAUGAAAUGUUUAUUAGUGGAUCACAAAAUUUUGAUUUAUAUAGCAAUAUCCAACAGGCUUUUUUUUUUACUACCAGUAAGCCUAUCAUUCCAGUUUUUGGCUACUUCAUACAGUAUUUUUUUUGCCCACAAGUGCUGGGGCAAAAUGGAACAAAGCAGAAGAUGCGUGUCUGAUAAAGGGCAGGAUAGACCUAGUGAGUUUCUACAUGAUUUGGCUGAGGGGAAGAAGAAUUUCUACCAGCUUAUCUGCACAUUUUAAAGUUGCCUAAGUUCAAGCUCCCACUUGAGCUCUGAUGUAAAAAGCUGACCUUAAAUGGGGUAGGCGGUGUUUUUUUUCCCUGUAGGCAAUCUAGAUAGGAUCAGACCUAGAGGGGUACAUCAAGGACAACACACCUGUUGUCCCUUGCGUGCUUUAUUUGUUACUGCUGUGUUCUAGGUUUACAAAUGUCGCCUUCCUGUCUGUUUCUGGACUAUUUCCAUGCAGGCGGCUUCUGCCCUUUUCUGUGUUGUAUGUGGCUACGGUAGUACCUGCGUUGUUCUCCUACUCCCUCCUUUUCUGUCUGUUCAAAUAAAGCCUUUGUACAUAAAUGAA